AUGGCACCGCUUACUCGAAGAACUGCGUUUCCCAAGGUUCUCAUUGAGAGGGAUUCUGAUUCAGAACAGAGUUCAUCCGAAGAAGAAGAAGGAGAAGAGGAAGUACUUGAAGAAGAAGAUGAUGGGGUUACGACUGCAAAUGAGAAGACUGAGAAUCUGGAAGAAGAUUCGGACAUAAAGAGAAAAGGGAAAGCCCCCAUCACUAUUAGUCUCAAAAAAGUUUGCAAGGUAUGUAAGAAGCAAGGUCAUGAAGCGGGGUUCAAGGGUGCUACGUACAUUGAUUGCCCCAGGAAGCCUUGCUUUCUGUGUAAAAAGCCUGGACACACCACUUUGACUUGCCCACAUCGCGUCUCAACUGAGCAUGGAGUUGUCCCAGCACCCCGUAAGAAAACGUUUAAACCUUUGGAAUACGUGUUUGAACGCCAGCUAAGGCCAUCCCUUCCUUCAAUCAAGCCCAAAUAUGUGAUCCCAGACCAAGUGAAUUGUGCUGUCGUUAGGUAUCACAGUAGACGGGUAACAUGCUUGGAGUUUCACCCGACAAAGAAUAACAUCCUGUUAUCUGGAGAUAAGAAAGGGCAACUUGGAGUGUGGGAUUUUGGAAAAGUAUAUGAGAAGAUGGUCUAUGGGAACAUACAUUCUUGUAUACUGAACAAUAUGAGGUUUAAUCCUACAAAUGAUUGUAUGAUCUAUUCUGCAUCGUCAGAUGGAACCAUUAGUUAUACUGACUUGGAGACAGGACUGUCAUCCUCUCUAAUGAACCUCAACCCUGAUGGAUGGCAGGGUCCAAACACUUGGAAAAUGAUCUAUGGCAUGGAUAUUAACAGUGAGAAAGGUGUUGUUCUUGUUGCUGAUAACUUUGGUUUUCUCUACAUGGUUGACAUCCGCACCAACCACAGGAAUGGAAAUGCAAUUUUGAUCCACAAAAAAGGAACAAAAGUUGUCGGUAUCCAUUGCAAUCCAAUUCAACCAGACAUCCUUUUGACUUGUGGAAAUGAUCAUUUUGCUCGUAUAUGGGACCUGCGAUAUAUAGAAGCUGAAACAUCCAUCUAUGACCUCAAGCAUAAGCGGGUCGUUAACUCUGCAUUUUUCUCUCCAUUAUCUGGAACCAAAAUUCUCACUACAUCACAGGACAACCGUCUUCGAAUAUGGGAUUCCAUCUUUGGUAAUAUGGACUCUCCUAGCCGAGAAAUAGUACACAGCCAUGAUUUCAAUCGGCAUUUGACACCCUUUAAAGCUGAAUGGGACCCAAAGGAUCCAUCUGAGUCCCUUGCUGUUGUUGGUCGUUAUAUAAGUGAAAAUUAUAAUGGGGCUGCCCUCCAUCCCAUUGAUUUUAUCGAUACAAGUACAGGGCAAUUGGUAGCUGAAGUGAUUGAUCCAAACAUCACAACGAUCAGUCCAGUGAAUAAGCUGCAUCCACGUGAAGAUAUCCUGGCCACUGGGAGUUCAAGAUCUCUGUUCAUUUGGAAGCCCAAAGAGAAGUCAGAGCUUGUUGAGGAGAAGGAUGAAAGAAAAAUUGUGGUAGGUGGAAGAGCUGAGAAGAAGCGUGGUAAAAGAAAUGGUGAUAUUAGCGAUGAAUCUGACGAUGAAGUAUUCUCGUCCAAGUCCAAGAAGUUAAAGUCCACAAAGACUCAGCGGAAAUUGUCUCACCGCUCUACUAAGGAUAAACGCUGA